AUGGUGGAAGAAGUAGGCUCUGAUACCAUAUCAAACUACAGAGGAAGAUUGACGCGCGCAACCUCGCCACGCCGUCGCCGUGAACCUCGCCACGCCGUCGCCGUGAACCUCGCCACGCCGCAGCAGUCCAUCGCCGUCACCAUCGCCUUCGUCCACGCGCCGCUCCUCUCCGCGCGUGCCCCCGUCGCCCCCCGUCCCCGUCUCCGGCGCAGGUAUGUAGUGCGCCGCCCGUCGCCUCCCUCCCCUUCUCCGGCGCCGUUGCCCGCCGCCGAUGCGCCGCCACCGCGCGAGUCCGUGGCGCCGCCGCUGCGCGCCAUGCCGCCGUUCCCCUGCUGGAGGCCGUCGCCAUCCGCGCAACGCCGCCGCACACCACCCGUCGACGCUGCACACGAGGUGCUCGACGGAAUGCCGACGCCAUGGCCGCCCCUGCCGCCGCCAAUGUCGACGCCAGGCCGAGCCGGCGCCGGCGCCGCCGGGGAGCAGGUGGGUGUCGACGAGGGCUAUCGGCGUGGAGCGCCGGACGCCGCGCCAACGCGCGGCGAGCAAGGCGGUGCGGGCGGCGUCCUUGGCGGGGAGGCGGUAGAUGAUCUCGCGGAGGAGGGAGUCGGGGAGGUGGCUGAUGCGGUCGACGCCGCUGGAGGUGCGGGCGGCACGGAGGCGGGCCGUGGUGGAGACUGGCGGGUCCGGGAGGUUGCUGUGGAUGAACGACGGGAGCCGCUCAGUGCGUCGGAACUGCAGGUGCGGGUCGGCGUUGGACUCCUCGUGCGCGCCGGCGUCGUGCCGGCACGGGCUCAUGCGCAGCCGCAGACGCGGCAUCUGUUCCCUCCUCAGGCCAAUGUGGUCGCCACAACCAUGCAGAUGGGGAACAGAGUCGUCGGGCAGGGCGCUGGCAGAGGGAUGACGGUGGCGGCUCCGACGACGCCGGUCGUGCUCAACGGCUUCGGGAAGAUGGAGGGCGACGAUCUCUCCUCUCUCUCGCCGGUGCCGUAUCCCUUCGACACUGCGAUGAGGGCCAGUUUUUAUGUUACAGUUUUAGCAGUUCGUCAGCGUGUCGCUGAUCUGUCUUCCGGCGAGGACCACCGUCGCCACCGUGCACCGUUUCAACUGUCGAAAAUUUCAGUUAACCGCACCCUAACAUUACAUUGCCUGUGGCCUGGUGGUUUCCAAAACUGA